AUGGAUACCUUUUCACAGGCAGUCUUGCUCUUGCGCCCCCAUGUCCCCCUCUAUUCCACCGAUGCAUUGCCAGUCAACUGCUCAGCCUAUUCAACAUCUCGGGUCGCUCUUCUGCCUUCGCGCCCGCCAUCUGAUCCCCCGCGGACUUGCGAGUGUUUGACGCAGACGCUCUGUUGUCACGGCUGUGGUAAUGGGGUAGGAUACAUGAUCGUUAUUCCCGUAAGCAUAUCCCCCUACGGCUUCCUCCAAAUUCUCCAUUCCCCACCUCCUACGUACCAAACUCUAAUUUAA